GAAGAUCCAGUUCUUCAGCGCAACUUCAAAGGACACAAAGAUGCUGUCACAUGUAUUGACUUUAGUCCAGACAACAAACAACUUGCUUAACGAACAUGUGUCUGCUGCAGGAACACACUAUUUCGCUUGUGCGGUGGCAGGGGGGUUUUCCAAUCACUUUUGUCCACAUAGUGUAUAUACCCAACAUGCUAUCAGGUAGAUGCAACAGCAUCAGAUCAUGUGAAUGGAAAUUGUCCAGUGUCAUCUGCAGCAGAUACAUUCGUCAUGGUCUGGAACUUCAAGCCUCAGUCCCGAACUUUCCGGUUUAUAGGACACAAAGAGGCAGUGACCAGUGUUCAGUUUUCUCCUAUCGGACACCUGGUGGCAUCAGCUGCUAAAGACAGAACAGUUAGACUCUGGACCCCUAGCAUCAAAGCGGAAUCAACCAUAUUUAAGGCCCACACAGCUUGUGUACGCAGUGUUGACUUCUCAAGUGAUGGUGAGUGCAUUAUUACUGCAUCUGAUGACAAGUCAAUCAAAGCAUGGAAUGUUCAUCAUCAGCGUUUCCUGUUUUCCCUCACUCAGCAUACAAACUGGGUGCGAUGUGCAAAAUUUUCCCCAGAUGGAAGACUAAUCACCUCAUGCAGCGAUGAUAAGACUGUACGAAUCUGGGACACAACAAACAGAAUUUGCAUUAACACCUUCAUGGAUUACAAAGGACAUUCCAGUUAUGUGGACUUUAAUCCAUCAGGAACCUGUGUUGCUUCCGCAGGUGCAGACAGUACAGUAAAAGUCUGGGAUAUCCGAAUGAAUAAAUUACUACAACAUUAUCAAGUUCAUAGUGCAGGAGUCAACUGUUUAUCAUUCCACCCAUCUGGAAACUACCUCCUUUCUGCCUCUAACGACAGUACCGUGAAGAUACUGGACCUGGUGGAAGGAAGACUUCUUUAUACACUUCAUGGACAGCAGGGUCCUGUUCUAUGCGUGACUUUCUCAAGAGAUGGAGAACAGUUUGCGUCUGGGGGAACAGAUGCACAGGUUUUAGUCUGGAAGACAAAUUUUGGCAGAUUUGAUAAUACAGAUGUUGUGAAAAUGCAACAAAAGAGGCUCUGUCCUGAAGUCCCACCUCACCUAAAUGAUAUAUAUCCCAGGUCUUCUCACCUCCACACCAGCGCUGGCCAGUCUAUUGAGAUUAACCCUAUGUUUGAAGUAGCAGAUACACAAACCUUUAACCCUCCCAUUAUUGAUGUAAGGAACAACUUUACUUCCAGCGAACAGACAAGACCAUUGCAUAAUGGCAGCAAGGAUCCCAAAAGAAAUGGCAGUAUGCCUAAUACCUCUUCACCGCCACUAUCUACUAGCUGGAAGAGACGAGGACACAAAGAACAGAAUCUGGUAGAUGAACAAGCAAUUCCCCAUUCAUCAGUAAGCAGCACCUUGGAGCACAUUGUGGAUCAGCUAUCUGUCUUGACACAGACUGUUUCAAUCUUGGAGCAUCGAUUGACACUAACAGAAGACAAAUUGAAAGAGUGCCUUGAAAAUCAGCAAAAAAUUGUAUCUCACAUUACUGAACCAGAAUGACCUGGAACAAAUGUGUGAUUCUGGUGUCAACAGACCCUAAACUAUGGAUACCAUAUUUAAAGUAGUGUUUUGUUAGGUAUAGCUUUAAAUUAUAAUUAAAAAAGCAUAUUAUCAGCUAGGGAAUUUUGUUAUUUCAAAUGAAACAAUCUGAUGAGCUCUAUAUUGGACACCCAUUUGUAAUCUACAAAGAUACCUCACCUUAAUGAUAAAAUAUUUUGUCUGCAGAGUAGAACUUCUUGUUGCUUUUUUCUUAUUACUAUUUAGUGUUUAUAUAAGGAUACAUUGUUUUGCACUUUUUACUGUUACUGGAUAAUUGGAUAUGUAUUACUGUAAUAAAGUAAACCAACAUUACACUAAUAUGCCUGACAUUAUCCAUCAACAAA